AUGUUAACAUACCACGAAGGAAUUGUAUUUUACGAUCAACAAAGAAGCCGUUUGUUCCCUACCGUCAUGAAGUUCAAGAUAAAGCUGAAACGCGUCAGCCAUGCACCAAAACAACCAGCUUAUUGAAAUAAUUUCAUGAUUGUUAACAUAUUUGUAAUAUCUGCUGGUUGGCAACGAGAACAUAGUUGAGAUGCAGAAUGUGGAGGAAGAGGACUUUGCUAUUUCAAAAUCAUCAGAUGCUGAUGCAGAAUUUGACAUCAUAAUUGGGAACAUCGAGGAUAUUAUAAUGGAUGAUGAAUUCCAGCACCUUCAGCAGUCUUUCAUGGAGAAAUAUUACCCCGAGUUUGAGGACUCUGAGGAAAACAAGCUCAGCUAUACAUCUAUUUUUAACGAAUAUAUCGAGACCUUAGAAAAGCAUUUAGAACAGCAGCUGAUAGAGCGAAUUCCUGGUUUCAACAUGGAUGCUUUCACAGUUUUACUUAAACAGCACAAAGAUGAAGUCUCAGGUGAUAUACUUGACAUGCUGCUGACGUUUACUGACUUUAUUGCCUUUAAAGAGAUGUUCAUUGAUUACAGAGCUGAAAAGGAGGGUCGAGGAUUGGACCUUAGUACUGGACUGGUGGUAAAGUCAUUCAAUUCUGUUUCUUCUGCAUCUUUGACAUCCAACAUGGCCUCACAAUCCAUCUGAACCAAUGAACAAGCAUCUCAUGUAAAUAAACUGGAUUAGUUAACACA